GUUCCAUUGUGGGUGUAUACCUUCAGUUGGGUCCCUCUUUGUUUUUAUUAUGUCGACAUUAGGGACACUGAGCUACUACGCCGACUCACACAUUCCACACGAAAAUGAUGACAAUUUGGUACCGAGGUUCUCAUCUGGACCUGUGGUCCAGCAGCAGUCUCGUGAGCUGACGCUCCUUGAAUAUGGCGAGCAGGAGUCGUACACUUUCCAGGCCAAAUCAUCAAUUUUUGGCGCAUCGUGGAGUCCCGUGCCCUUUCAUCCCCCUGGCAGCGCAUCUAUCGCCUACCACUCGUACAUUCAUCCAUGUUCAACAGGAGAACCCGUGGAUGGAGCAUCCGUGCGUUCCUGGGCUUUAGAGCCGCUGUCUGCGUCCCUGCCUUUCACAGGAUUAUCUGACGAUAUGCACCAUGAUAUCAAACUUGAACCGUUGGUCGGAAAUGGUGAGUGCACGACGCAUACACUACUAGUGCCCGAGACUGACAACAAUACAAGCCAGGCAGAGAGGAAGAUACCGGACGAUGCGGUUUCCAGCGAGUCACAAGAUGAGAAAACUUCAACCGAGACGAAGCUAGAUAUAGACCCAAAUAACCCUGUGUCCAACUGGCUGCAUGCGAAGUCGACUAGGAAAAAGCGCUGUCCAUACACUAAACAUCAAACUCUCGAGCUGGAGAAAGAAUUUCUGUUUAAUAUGUACCUCUCGCGCGACCGUAGAUAUGAAGUGGCAAGACUCCUAAAUCUCACCGAGAGACAAGUGAAAAUUUGGUUCCAAAACCGUAGGAUGAAGAUGAAGAAAUGCAAUAAAGAUCGUCCAAAAGACAUUUAAACAAGAAAAGUAAAAGCGCACUGCAGUGGAUGAAGUCAUUUGGUUCGUGCGACAGUGUUUGUGAUUUAGCCUGUCUUUUCCCUUAUUAAUGCACAACAACAGUAGAUUAUUGAUAGUAGUACUUAUUAUUAUUACUGAUAUACUUCCAAUUUUGUAAUAUGUUAAAUGUACAUUGCACAAACCUUUGAUCUGACAGUUUGCCUGUAUAUAUGGUUGUGUCUUUGUGUACAGCUUGUUGUUGAUAUAGUUCUGUUUUUUUGGCUUGCUUGUUGUGGGCCAAGCUCUUCUUGUUGUGUACAUUUUAAAUAUGUUAAACUUUAGUUGAGUUCCAGUUCAUGAUUUCAGGGAAUUUUAGAGUUCAGCGAUAUGAAAUAAUUAUUUGCAUGAAUUUCAAAUGUUUUUAUUCCAAAAAGAAUUCUAGCGCAAUGUAUUAAUGUUUAAUGUGACUACCUAGAUGUAUUUGAACUACCUAUGUAUGAAGAUUAAUUUAUGUUGUGUUAUGUGUCAUUAAGGCAUUUCUUUGAUUUUUGUAACAUUAAUGUGCUUGCAAUGUUAUGUGAAACCAGAAACUGUGCAUACGCCAAUACCUCAAAUCAACAGUGUCAGUCGUUUUCAAAUGAAAUACCACUUGUGUACAUUACAAAUAA